UAAGAUUACGAAGUAAACUUAUAAAUUUAUAAUUUGCAUAAUAAUUCGAGACCACAUAGCUAAUUUUCAGCGGAAAACUUUAAUAAACACAUUGUGAAAAUGGGUUCCAAAGUUCUUAAUGUUAAAUUCACAAAUGGGAAGGAAAUGCCUAUGGUUGGACUUGGUACCUAUGCUAGGCAGGCCGACCCCGGGCAGUUUAGACAAGCUGUAGAGUGGGGCAUAGAGGCUGGUUACCGGCACAUAGAUACAGCUUCUUGCUACAAAAAUGAAGAGGAAGUUGGUGAAGGAAUCAACAACAAAAUUAAUGAAGGUUUGGUUACAAGAGAUCAACUGUUUGUUACAACUAAGGUGUGGAAUGAUUGCCAUGCUGAAGAGCAAGUAGUGCCGGCAUUGAAGGAAUCACUGGCACGGUUGAAGCUGGACUAUGUUGAUCUAUAUCUUGUGCAUUGGCCAUUUUCAGCUAAUGGAAAAGGUGAAGAUCUAGGCAUUGAUUACUUGGAAACCUGGAAAGGCAUGGAACAGGUUGUCAAACUCGGGCUGGCCAAGUCUAUAGGAGUGUCAAACUUCAAUGAGGAGCAGCUUGAGAGGCUACUAAAUAAUUCUACUAUCAAGCCUGUUGUGAAUCAGUUUGAGAUCAACCCAACACUAACGCAGCACAAACUUGUGGACUUCUGCAAGAAACAUUCUGUAGUGCCAGUAGCGUACACACCUUUGGGUCUCAUUUCUGAAGCCCGGCCGGAGUUUGCUGGAAUGGAUGCCAUCAAAACGGACCCUAAGUUUGGUGCUUUAGCUGAGAAGUAUGGGAAAACACGUGCACAGAUCGCCUUGAGAUAUUUGGUACAACGCGGUAUUCCAGUGAUUCCAAAAUCGUUUACGAAAUCUCGAAUUGCCGAGAACCUGAAUCUCUUCGACUUUGAAUUAUCAGACAGUGAGAUGGCGUUAGUGGAUAGCUUCAAUAUCGAUCAUAGAUGUGUACCCGCUACACCUUUUAAAGCAUUGAAAAACUAUCCAUUUUAGUACUGUAAUUUUCGUUACAUUUUUCUGCAGUGCGCCCAGUAUAGCACAGACGUUAGCACAUCAACCUACCUUUAUCUGUCAAAUGUCUUCAGUAGAUUUUCAACCUUAUCACAUUAGUGGAAAGUUAAUAUUCGAUUGGUAAAAUUUGACACGAUUCAGGUAGAUUGGCCUGCUGGGGUCUGUAUAUGGUCUACUUGAUAUACUGGGUCAUAAUGUGAUGUUGAUAAUCAGGGUUUUGUAGCUAUGUAUUAGUAUUGUCGGAAAAGAAUAGGGAAUAUUAAGUACAAUGAAAAUGAUGUCUCAACGUACAUAUAGCCUUAAUUGUGAAAGUAGUAACCUUUACAACUGUUGUAAACAAUGUAAACGUAAGUGUUAAAUUAUAUAUUUUUCAUUACAA